CGAAGUGUGCAUUUCCGAAAUCAUUUUGCCUAGUUCCACUGGCCGAAAUCGACCUUCCCAGUUUCCGUACAGCUGAAUUCAUCUUUUCUUCCACGAUGCAUCCCCUCCUCGUCCUGUGCCUCGUGUACGCUGCUGCGGCCGAGAUGGCGCCGCUGUACCUACCCAAAGCUUACGGCAUCAAGGGACGCUACAUCGUGUCUCUCAAGGACGAAAGUCCAAGAGCUGAGGAGUUCCUGAACGCGACCGGCAGAGCGACGGUUACCCCGACGACGAUAUACCGAGGCGGAGCCUUCAAAGGGUUUGCUGCCGCCAUGGACUCUGUCCAGCUGGCCAAGAUCCGACGAAGGCCCGAGGUCGCGUACGUGGAGCAAGACGCUGUCGUCCGAGCGCAGUGGGUUGGGUCGUGGGGCUUGGACCGGGUGGACCAGCGCCACCUGCCGCUGGACGGGAUGGCGAAGUUUACCGGAACGGGUGAAGGAGCGCAUGCGUACAUCAUCGACACGGGAAUCUAUCCCAGUAAUUUCUUCUUUGCAAACCGAUCCGAAGUCGCCUACAAUGGUGUUAAGGACGGAUACAAGGGAGUCGAUUGCAAUGGCCACGGUACUCACUGUUCGGGCACGAUUGGCGGCGAGGUAUUCGGUAUCGCCCGGGAGGCUAAGCUGUACGGCGUGAAGGUGCUGGGUUGCGAUGGAAUCGGAACUGUAUCUCAGGUUAUUGACGGGAUGGACUUCGUGGCUUCGGAAGGCAAACGCCCGGCCGUUGCUUCCAUGUCCCUCGGGGGACCGCCGUUGGAGGCCAUGGAUGAGGCCGUCACCAAACUGUUCAAUUCCGGCGUGACGGUGUCCGUGGCUGCCGGCAACAGUUUCGAUGAUGCUUGUAACUACUCGCCCGCAAGAGCAAAGAAUGCCAUCACUGUGGCGGCGACAGACAUCACGGACCACAAGCCGGGCUUCUCCAACUUCGGGAAAUGCGUAGACAUCUUCGCUCCCGGGGUCUCCAUCCGUAGCCUGUGGAUUGGGGGUGAAUACGCCAUUCACGUCGACAGCGGGACCUCCAUGGCUUGCCCGCACGUCUCUGGUGAUGCGGUUCUCGCCGUGAGCAACCAUCCGGGGAUUACGCCUGCCGAGGUUAAAGCCCAGAUUCUGAAGAACGCCACACGUGACGUGGUGAUUGACCCCGGGAAAGGGUCACCGAAUCUCUUCCUCUACAUCCCGUAGUAGAUAGGGGUUUUUUUCAGGAACUGUCUGCGUGGUUGGAGAUCAGUUAGCCGAGACCUUCUGUUAUUCACGAAGUCUUACCGGUAACUUCUCAAGUAGAUCUUCUUUCAACUCGAAAACACAAAAUUAGUUGGGAUGCAAAUAUAAGUUCCACUGCAGCUGUAUAUGAUCUUUAAAUUAAUGAAUGAUUUUUCUUUAAACUUGAAAAGUUUGCUUUCGAAAUCAUUUUGAAAGCUACAGUAAUAAAUGUCGAGGAAAAUUUAAUUCGUGCUUUGUGCUGCUUCAGUAAAAGAAACAGCUGAAUUAAAUAAAGGUCAGUUACAUUCCUUUAUUGAAUAUUUUCUAAUUGUAUUUUUGUGGAAUCUCAAUGAUAUAAAUGAACGCUUUACGUCUUUAAAAAUUUAAUUGGCUGUAAAUGACCAUUAAUCUGAAAUGAAAGCAAUGCAGCUUUAAAUGUAACUUUGCCCCACGUUUCGUCUUUGCAUCUUUAAAUUAUACUAAAGGUUUUCCAGGUGAAUAUAUCAUGUUUAAAAUUUUGUGGAAAUGUGGAACUCGCUUUUUAAUUUACACCAUUAGAUUCCGCAUGGUUUGGCCGAGAAGAACAAAAUAAUGGAAA